AUGUUGACCAUCCGUUCCCCCGCCGCCGCCCUUGCGGUCGUGCUCAGUCUCUUGAGCCUCGUCGACGCCGCGCCGCAAAACAGAGGAAAAGGAAACGGACGUGGAAAUGGAAACAGGCAGACGGCGCAGCAGCAAGCCGCACGCGUGCCGCAGGGCAUUACUCGGGCCCAGGACGGAUCCAUGAUUCUCGACAUGACCGCGAACGUCAACGGCCUCGACCUUCGCUUCAAGAUCUCCGGCCCCGCCGAACAGUUCACCGCGGCAAGCGGCGUUCCCGGCGGAGCCGCCCAGCCCGGCGCCCAGGGCACCCUCGGCCUGAACGUCCUCCUCCACGGCGACGGCGGCCAGUCCUUCUUCGACAUGCCGAACCAGGGCGUCCAGCAGAACCUCGCCGGCGUCGCCGUCCUCGCCCCCGACCCGAACCUCUUCUGGGGCGGCGGCCAGGGCCUCCAGCGCACCGACGGCGUCGCCCACUCCCAGGCCGUCAACGACCUGAUCCAGAAGACCCUCCCGCAGAUGAUGGCCUUCAACCAGUCCAACGUCUUCUUCACCGGCGUCUCGGGCGGCUCCCUCAUGCUCUCCGGCUUCUUCAUGCCCGCCCACAUGCAAAACUUCGCCGGCAACGGCGUCCUCCUCAACUGCGGCGGCCUCGAGCCCCAGGUCGCCGUCCAGGACCCGGCCGCCAUCGCCAACACCCGCAUCCACUUCCAGAGCACCCAGCAGGAGCUCACGCAGCUGCAGCGCAGCAUCCCGGCCGCCAUCACGGCGUACGAGCAGAUCGGCACCCAGGCCGGCCUGAACGCGCAGGCGCUGAACGCGAAGCAGACGGUGAACAACUCGCCCAACGGCGGACACUGCGCUUUCGACGAGCAGGGGUUCGUUUCUGGUAUCCAGCUCAUCGCCAACAACUACGCCACGAUCAUGCAGGGCGGAACCGGUGACGUGCAGGGUAUCGGAAACGUAUUGACCGGUGUUGCUGGCAAUGAGAACUUGCAGUUCACCGGCUCGAGCAGGAGGCGUGAUGAGAUCAUUGGUUAA